GGAAAAGGAGGUGGGGCUUCUCCUGUCCAAUCGGAGGGCGCGCCCUCGUUGCCGCUCUAUGCCGCUCCGCCCAGGCUCGCUGGUCCCAGAAGGCGCCGGGUUUCCCAAGAUGGCGGCCGACGUGUCCGUUACUCACCGGCCCCCGCUGAGCCCGGAGACUGGGGCCGAGGUUGAAGCUGACGAUGUCGCGGAGCGCCGGGCACCCGAAGAAGAACUGCCGCCGCUAGAUCCAGAGGAGAUCCGGAAACGCCUAGAACAUACCGAGCGCCAGUUCCGUAACCGCCGCAAGAUACUGAUCCGGGGCCUCCCGGGGGACGUGACCAACCAGGAAGUGCACGACCUGCUCAGCGACUAUGAGCUCAAGUACUGUUUUGUGGACAAAUACAAAGGGACAGCCUUCGUGACCCUGCUGAACGGGGAGCAGGCCGAGGCUGCCAUCAGCGCCUUCCACCAGAGCCGCCUGCGGGAGCGGGAGCUGUCGGUGCAGCUGCAGCCCACGGACGCCCUGCUGUGCGUGGCCAACCUGCCCCCCAGCUUCACCCAGCAGCAGUUCGAGGAGCUGGUGCGGCCCUUCGGCAGCCUGGAGCGCUGCUUUCUGGUCUACAGCGAGCGCACCGGCCACUCCAAGGGCUAUGGCUUCGCCGAGUACAUGAAGAAGGACUCGGCCGCCCGUGCCAAGUCGGACCUGCUGGGCAAGCCGCUGGGCCCGCGCACCCUCUACGUGCACUGGACAGACGCGGGGCAGCUGACGCCCGUCCUGCUCCACUCCCGCUGCCUCUGUGUUGACCGCCUGCCCCCCGGCUUCAGCGACGUGGACGCCCUGCGUCGGGCGCUGUCGGCGGUCCACACGCCCACCUUCUGCCAGCUGGCAUACGGGCAGGAUGGGCAGCUGAAGGGCUUCGCUGUGCUGGAGUACGAGACGGCAGAGAUGGCUGAAGAGGCGCAGCAGCGGGCGGACGGCCUGGCGCUGGGGGGCAGCCACCUGCGAGUCUCCUUCUGUGCCCCGGGGCCCCCUGGCCGCAGCAUGCUGGCCGCGCUCAUCGCCGCCCAGGCCACGGCCCUCAACCGGGGCAAAGGGCUCCUGCCCGAGCCCAACAUCCUGCAGCUGCUCAACAACCUGGGGCCCUCCGCCUCCCUCCAGCUGCUGCUGAACCCCCUGCUCCAUGGCAACGCGGGGGGCAAACAGGGCCUGUUGGGCGCACCUCCAGCCGUGCCGCUCCUCAGCGGGCCGGCCCUGUCCACGGCACUGCUGCAGCUCGCCCUGAAGACCCAGGGUCAGAAGAAGCCUGGGAUCCUGGGAGACUCUCCCCUGGGCACCCUUCAGCCUGGGGCCCAGCCGGCCAACCCCCUCCUCGGAGAGCUGUCUGCAGGGGGGGCCCUGCCCCCGGAGCUGCCACCCCGGCGAGGGAAGCCACCACCUCUGCUGCCGCCACUGCUUGGCCCCUCUGGGGGUGACCGGGAAGCCAUAGGCCUGGGUCCCCCAGCAGCCCAGCUCACUCCACCCCCUGCCCCGGUGGGCCUCCGAGGCACUGGCCUUAGAAGCCUCCAGAAAGACAGUGGGCCUGUGCCACCGCCCCCUGGGGUCUCGCUGCUGGGGGAACCCCCAAAGGACUUCCGGAUCCCCCUGAAUCCCUACCUGAACCUACACAGCCUACUCCCAGCCAGCAACCUGGCGGCCCCCGGAGGCGGUGGCGGAGGUGGUGGCAGCAGCAAAGCCUUCCAGCUCAAGUCCCGCCUGCUCAGCCCUCUCGCCAGCUCCCGCCUGCCCCCCGAACCAGGGCUGCCCGACAGCUAUGGUUUCGACUACCCCUCGGACGUGGGACCUCGGCGGCUCUACUCCCACCCACGGGAGCCAGCUCUAGGGCCCCACGGACCCAGCCGACACAAAAUGUCACCCCCGCCCAGUGGUUUUGGUGAACGGAGCGGCGGGGGCGGCGGGGGGCCCCUCUCCCACUUCUAUUCGGGCUCGCCCACUUCCUACUUCACCAGUGGCCUGCAGGCUGGCCUCAAGCAGAGCCACCUUAACAAGGCGGUCGGCUCCUCUCCACUGGGCCCUGGAGAAGGGCUCCUGGGCCUCGGCCCUGGGCCCAACGGCCACAGCCACCUGUUGAAGACUCCGCUGGGUGGCCAGAAACGCAGCUUUGCCCACCUGCUGCCCUCGCCCGAGCCCAGUCCAGAAGGCAGCUACGUCGGCCAGCACUCCCAGGGCCUCGGCGGCCACUACGCAGACUCCUACCUGAAGCGCAAGAGGAUUUUCUAAGGGGCCGGCGCCAGAUGCUCAAGGGCCUGCACCGAAUUGCUUUUGGGUUUUCUGGUGUUCUGUUUGUGUUUCCCUCUCCCCCUUUCAGUAAUAGAAAAAUCUUUGAAAGACUUUGUUGACCAACCAGCCGGAGCCCAAGGAGUGUGGGGGAGUCUGGGGGCCAGCUCCCGGCACGGAAACUCUACAGCCUUAAGAGAGAGGGGCCCUGGCCAGCUCUCUCUCCCCUCCCCUGUAUCCGCCUGUGUCUGUCUCUCUGGGAGUCCUCUCCUGCCUCGUCACUCCUGUAUCUUGGCCUUUCGAGUGCCUUGGAGGUUCCCCUGGCCUCCCGUGAGGAUCAGAGACUGUCCCCCUUUUUUAACUUUGACGAUUGACUUUUGUUUCCUUUUCUAAUUUGUAUUAUUUUUUAAACAAUCCAGGACGACCCCCAGCUCUGAUUCCUUCAAGGUCCAGCCUGUCUGGGCCUUCAUUCCACACUUUCGGUUUGAAAUGGCUCAGCCCUUUUCCUGUCCUGUCUGCUGCAGGCAUGGAUGUGCCCUGCCCCUGCCCGCCCACUCUGGCCUGUAUUCCAGCUCGGGGUCCCCAGCCUCCUGCCACAGUUCCCUCACCUUCUGAUGCCUUAAAGCCGGGUCCCAGGCCCUGCGGUCAGAGCCUCUUAGAUGCCGAGCUCCGGAAGCUUGACUCAGGACCAAAUGGCUCUGGCCUGGGGAUUGGGCCCCUCUACCCAGAGUCCCCACUCUGGGGACAGUAAAAGGCCAAAGCCUUGGUUUUGGCAAACCAACUCAUCAUCCCUCCUGCCCAGGCCUAGGUGCAGAGACGGGUUUUCUCUGCCAGCUCAAACCAGUCCUGCUGUCAGUCUGUGGGAGUGGGGUAUUGUGCAUCUCACUGAGCCUCUGCUGUCUCCUCCCCCCCCCCCCCAUGUUGAAGAUGAGCUCCACCUCUCCAUCCCCAGGCUAGAUCACCUGGAGCUGGCCUCCCGGCCUCCUGUGGGCCCAGUGGGAGUGCAGCAACUUCAGGCGGAUAAGCUCUGCCCUUGCCCAGCAGCAGGACCUUUGGGCCUGAGGAGAGCCUGGGCCCCUCCCCCUGGCCGGCUGGGCCACCAGCUUCUCUCCCCGGACUCUUGGGGGGUCCACAUCCACUCCAGGGGGGUGUCGUCUCCCCAGUCCUCUCUCACAGACUUUCCUUUGCUGAAUUAAAGUUUGUAAGUAAAUGGUUUUAAAGAAA